AUGGCUCUAGCUGUCAACACUAUAAGCCUCCUCCAUCGAAUCUCAAACCAAAGUUUGGAAGCCAACCGUACGUGUCUCGAUAACCCACCUCCAUCAAUCUCAAACCAAAGUUUGGAAGCCAACAGUACGUGUCUAGAUAACCCACCUCCAUCAAUCUCAAACCAAAGUUUGGAAGCCAACAGUACGUGUCUAGAUAAACCACCUCCAUCAAUCUCAAACCAAAGUUUGGAAGCCAACAGUACGUGUCUAGAUAACCCACCUCCAUCAAUCUCAAACCAAAGUUUGGAAGCCAACAGUACGUGUCUAGAUAACCCACCUCCAUCAAUCUCAAACCAAAGUUUGGAAGCCAACAGUACGUGUCUAGAUAAACCUCCUCCAUCAAUCUCAAACCAAAGAUUGGAAGCCAACAGUACGUGUCUAGAUAACCCACCUCCAUCAAUCUCAAACCAAAGUUUGGAAGCCAACAGUACGUGUCUAGAUAACCCACCUCCAUCAAUCUCAAACCAAAGUUUGGGAGCCAACAGUACAUGUCUAGAUAACCCACCUCCAUCAAUCUCAAACCAAACGUUUGGAAGCCAACAAUACAUGUCUAUAGACAACCCACCUCCAUCAAUCUCAAACCAAACGUUUAGAAGCCAACAAUACAUGUCUAUAGAUAACCCACCUCCAUCAAUCUCAAACCAAACGUUUGGAAGCCAACAAUACAUGUCUAUAGACAACCCACCUCCAUCAAUCUCAAAUCAAACGUUUAUAGAAGCCAACAGUACAUGUCUAGAUAACCCACCUCCAUCAAUCUCAAACCAAACGUUUGGAAGCCAACAAUACAUGUCUAUUGCCAACCCACCUCCAUCAAUCUCAAACCAAAGUUUGGAAGCCAAUAGUACGUGUCUAGAUAACGCACCUCCAUCAAUCUCAAACCAAACGUUUGGAAGCCAACAAUACAUGUCUAUAGACAACCCACCUCCAUCAAUCUCAAAUCAAAGUUUGGAAGCCAAUAGUACGUGUCUAGAUAACCCACCUCCAUCAAUCUCAAACCAAACGUUUGGAAGCCAACAAUACAUGUCUAUAGAUAACCCACCUCCAUCAAUCUCAAACCAAACGUUUGGAAGCCAACAAUACAUGUCUAUAGAUAACCCACCUCCAUCAAUCUCAAACCAAACUUUGGAAGCCAACCGUACGUGUCUAGAUAACCCACCUCCAUCAAUCUCAAACCAAAGUUUGGAAGCCAACAGUACGUGUCUAGAUAACCCACCUCCAUCAAUCUCAAACCAAAGUUUGGAAGCCAACAGAACGUGUCUAGAUAAACCACCUCCAUCAAUCUCAAACCAAAGUUUGGAAGCCAACAGUACGUGUCUAGAUAACCCACCUCCAUCAAUCUCAAACCAAAGUUUGGAAGCCAACAGUACGUGUCUAGAUAACCCACCUCCAUCAAUCUCAAACCAAAGUUUGGAAGCCAACAGUACGUGUCUAGAUAAACCACCUCCAUCAAUCUCAAACCAAAGUUUGGAAGCCAACAGUACGUGUCUAGAUAACCCACCUCCAUCAAUCUCAAACCAAAGUUUGGAAGCCAACAGUACGUGUCUAGAUAACCCACCUCCAUCAAUCUCAAACCAAAGUUUGGGAGCCAACAGUACAUGUCUAGAUAACCCACCUCCAUCAAUCUCAAACCAAACGUUUGGAAGCCAACAAUACAUGUCUAUAGACAACCCACCUCCAACAAUCUCAAAUCAAACGUUUAUAGAAGCCAACAGUACAUGUCUAGAUAACCCACCUCCAUCAAUCUCAAACCAAACGUUUGGAAGCCAACAAUACAUGUCUAUUGCCAACCCACCUCCAUCAAUAUCAAACCAAAGUUUGGAAGCCAAUAGUACGUGUCUAGAUAACGCACCUCCAUCAAUCUCAAACCAAACGUUUGGAAGCCAACAAUACAUGUCUAUAGACAACCCACCUCCAUCAAUCUCAAAUCAAAGUUUGGAAGCCAAUAGUACGUGUCUAGAUAACCCACCUCCAUCAAUCUCAAACCAAACGUUUGGAAGCCAACAAUACAUGUCUAUAGAUAACCCACCUCCAUCAAUCUCAAACCAAACGUUUGGAAGCCAACAAUACAUGUCUAUAGAUAACCCACCUCCAUCAAUCUCAAACCAAACUUUGGAAGCCAACCGUACGUGUCUAGAUAACCCACCUCCAUCAAUCUCAAACCAAAGUUUGGAAGCCAACAGUACGUGUCUAGAUAACCCACCUCCAUCAAUCUCAAACCAAAGUUUGGAAGCCAACAGAACGUGUCUAGAUAAACCACCUCCAUCAAUCUCAAACCAAAGUUUGGAAGCCAACAGUACGUGUCUAGAUAACCCACCUCCAUCAAUCUCAAACCAAAGUUUGGAAGCCAACAGUACGUGUCUAGAUAACCCACCUCCAUCAAUCUCAAACCAAAGUUUGGAAGCCAACAGUACGUGUCUAGAUAAACCACCUCCAUCAAUCUCAAACCAAAGUUUGGAAGCCAACAGUACGUGUCUAGAUAACCCACCUCCAUCAAUCUCAAACCAAAGUUUGGAAGCCAACAGUACGUGUCUAGAUAACCCACCUCCAUCAAUCUCAAACCAAAGUUUGGGAGCCAACAGUACAUGUCUAGAUAACCCACCUCCAUCAAUCUCAAACCAAACGUUUGGAAGCCAACAAUACAUGUCUAUAGACAACCCACCUCCAUCAAUCUCAAAUCAAACGUUUAUAGAAGCCAACAGUACAUGUCUAGAUAACCCACCUCCAUCAAUCUCAAACCAAACGUUUGGAAGCCAACAUUUGGAAGCCAACAGAACGUGUCUAGAUAAACCACCUCCAUCAAUCUCAAACCAAAGUUUGGAAGCCAACAGUACGUGUCUAGAUAACCCACCUCCAUCAAUCUCAAACCAAAGUUUGGAAGCCAACAGUACGUGUCUAGAUAACCCACCUCCAUCAAUCUCAAACCAAAGUUUGGAAGCCAACAGUACGUGUCUAGAUAAACCACCUCCAUCAAUCUCAAACCAAAGUUUGGAAGCCAACAGUACGUGUCUAGAUAACCCACCUCCAUCAAUCUCAAACCAAAGUUUGGAAGCCAACAGUACGUGUCUAGAUAACCCACCUCCAUCAAUCUCAAACCAAAGUUUGGGAGCCAACAGUACAUGUCUAGAUAACCCACCUCCAUCAAUCUCAAACCAAACGUUUGGAAGCCAACAAUACAUGUCUAUAGACAACCCACCUCCAUCAAUCUCAAAUCAAACGUUUAUAGAAGCCAACAGUACAUGUCUAGAUAACCCACCUCCAUCAAUCUCAAACCAAACGUUUGGAAGCCAACAAUACAUGUCUAUUGCCAACCCACCUCCAUCAAUCUCAAACCAAAGUUUGGAAGCCAAUAGUACGUGUCUAGAUAACGCACCUCCAUCAAUCUCAAACCAAACGUUUGGAAGCCAACAAUACAUGUCUAUAGACAACCCACCUCCAUCAAUCUCAAAUCAAAGUUUGGAAGCCAAUAGUACGUGUCUAGAUAACCCACCUCCAUCAAUCUCAAACCAAACGUUUGGAAGCCAACAAUACAUGUCUAUAGAUAACCCACCUCCAUCAAUCUCAAACCAAACGUUUGGAAGCCAACAAUACAUGUCUAUAGAUAACCCACCUCCAUCAAUCUCAAACCAAACGUUUGGAAGCCAACAAUACAUGUCUAGAUAA